GUUGAGAGGUUUUGGUCUGCAGCAGCGGCAGUAAGCGGUGCACAUCGCGGUGCGUGUGCCAAUCUCCGGAAGAAAACGGAUCACCUACUUGACGAACACUGGAGCGGAUCUCAAUCACCUCUCAGCCACUUUUCCCUUCCUUGCCACCAGCGGUUUUGAUUUACUCUCCACAGCAGGUGACCUGGAACUGGUUGGGGAGGAGGAGAACAAAUGGAAAGGGAGCCAGGAGAAAGAGGAUGAGAGAGAUAGAGAGCAAGACCCAGGAGAUUCCUCAUGCAGAAUGGAAGUCCUCAUUCUGCCGGCUCGCGAUUUGAAAGGAACAAAGGCAACGUCGCCUACGAAGUCCGCAUCAUCCGUGUUUUGCCCUGUGUGGCCUCUCUCUAUUUAUCUCAGUCGGAGUCAUGGUCUUAAUCUGAACACAAAAUAAAUCCCCUUUAAUCCCUUCCCCCCCGCAGCCGUCUGCUAUUGACAUCUAAUUCACAACAUCCAAUUGUCAUGGAGAAGACGUACUCACUCACCGCGCACUAUGAUGAGUUCCAGGAAGUGAAAUAUGGUGGCCGAUACAGCAGUGACAUCCUCAGUAAUGGUAUGACCCUUCACUUGGGUGGCAGUCUGGACCGUCACAUGACGCGUGGGCGCGGUGGCACCUGGUCAAAUGGUCGCAACAGAGAUGCAGGCAGCGCUAGCAGCGGUGGCGGGCUCCCCCGAUGGAGCCGGAGGGAGAUUUGCCUCCUUUCGGCUUUGGUCUUCGCAGCGGGCAUGUGUGUCAUUUUGGGAAGCAUGCUCGCUCUAAAAUACAUUUCGCUGGAGGCCCAGCAAGACCCGCAGUGCAGGCAGGACUGCCAGCGGAGACGCGUCCUGUUACGGGCAGCGCGUUUUGUGCAGGCCAACAUUGACCCCACUAUCCAGCCCUGCCAGGACUUUUACUCCUUCGCGUGUGGAGGUUGGUUGAGGCGUCACGCCAUCCCAGAGGACAAGCUCAGCUAUGGAAUCAUUACGGCCAUAGGAGAGCACAAUGAAGAAAAACUGCAGCGCAUCCUUCUGGACCCCAUUCAGAGGCGUGAGCCUGACUCCGCAGAGCGCAAAGUCAAGGAGUUUUACAGAUCUUGUGUCAACAUCCAGGAGAUCGACAAGCUGGGCUCCGACCCCAUGAUGGAGGUGAUCGACAGCUGCGGAGGGUGGGAUCAGGCUGGGGCUCCUCCUGGUGCUGCUGGCUGGGAGAAAGAGGGUGCCCCACAAAGACCAGAUUUCAAUGAACUGCUUUAUAGGACGCAGGGCGUGUACAGCACUGCUGUGUUCUUCUCUCUCACCGUCAACGUGGAUGACAAAAACUCUUCUCAGAAUGCAAUCAGGAUUGAUCAGGAGGGACUCACGCUGCCUGAGAGAAGCCUUUACUUGGGUCAAGAUGAGGACAGUGUCAAGAUCUUGGCGGCAUACAAGGCCCUGAUGGAGCGCUUACUAAGCAUGCUGGGAGCUCACAACGCUACACAAAAGUCCAAGGAGAUUAUACAGCUGGAGACUCGUCUAGCCAAUAUCACCAUGUCAGAAUAUGAUGACCAAAGAAAGGACGUCAGCACGAUGUAUAACCGCAUUACACUCAGGCAGCUGCAGCGCACUGCUCCUGGUCUUCACUGGAAACGCUUGCUGGAUAAAAUCUUCCAUGACAACUUCUCUGAAGACAAGGAGAUUGUGGUGCUUGCCACAGAUUACAUUCAAAAAGUGUCCGACAUCAUCAAGACAACAUCGAAAAGGGUUCUCCAUAACUACAUGCUGUGGCGCAUUGUGGCAGCGCUCAGUGAACAUCUGUCAACCGCCUUCCGAAGCACCAUCCAUGAGUUUUCCCGAGAGAUUGAUGGCACCGAGCAGCAGCUGGAGCUGGGCAGACUGUGCCUCACCCAGGCCAACAAACACUUUGGCAUGGCCUUGGGAGCACUCUUUGUCCAGCAGCAUUUCUCCUCACAGAGCAAGGCAAAGGUGCAGGAGUUGGUGGAGGAUAUAAAGCAUUCCCUGGACCUGCGGCUGCAGGAGCUCGACUGGAUGGAUGAAGCCACCAAGGACGCAGCCAGAGCAAAGCUGAAGUACAUGAUGGUCAUGACAGGAUACCCAGACUUCCUGGUCAAACCUGAGCUCAUAGAUCGUGAAUAUGGGUUUGAUGUGGAUGAGAAAACCUACUUCAAGAACAUCCUCAACACCAUCAAAUUCAACAUUAAGAUGUCGGUCAAGAAGAUUCACGAAGAAGUUGACAAGACAGUGUGGAUUCUCCCUCCACAGGCGCUAAAUGCCUACUACCUUCCUAACAAGAACCAAAUAGUUUUCCCUGCAGGCAUCCUUCAACCCACUUUGUACAAUCCCGAAUUCCCACAGUCUUUGAACUAUGGGGGAAUAGGAGCAAUCAUUGGCCAUGAGCUGACUCAUGGAUAUGACGACUGGGGGGGACAGUAUGAUCGCCAUGGCAACCUCCAACAGUGGUGGACUGAGGACAGCUACAGAAAGUUCCAGAAGAAGGCUGAAUGUAUUGUGAAGCUCUACGAUAAUUUCACAGUUUACAAUCAGAGGGUUAACGGCCGCCUGACACUGGGAGAGAACAUAGCAGACAUGGGAGGACUCAAGCUGUCAUACUAUGCAUAUCAAAAGUGGGUGAGAGAACAUGGGCCAGAGAGACCCCUACCAGGGCUGAAAUAUACACAUGAGCAAUUGUUCUUCAUUGCCUUUGCACAGAACUGGUGUAUGAAAAGAAGAUCUCAAUCAACCUACUUGCAGUUGUUAACAGAUAAACACGCACCAGAACACUACAGAGUGAUUGGCAGCGUUUCCCAGUUCAAUGAGUUUUCCCGUGUUUUCCAUUGUGGGAAGGGGACUCCCAUGAACCCUGUUGACAAAUGCUCUGUAUGGUGACCCCACCGGAAAUAAUUUGACUUAAUUUGAAGUUGCCACCAACACACGUUCACACACACACACACACACACACACA